AUCGGUAUUACUCAAUGUUACUAUUUGUAGAUAUCAAAAUCGGCUAUAUAUAAUUUGCUCCCUAAUGAUAACCAUCAGUGUUUUGUUUAUUUUCGUCUAUCGUUGAGGUAGUUUAAGCGACAAUAACCAUGAAGAUAUUAGCAGCAUUCACUCUAAUAGUAAUUUCAAUGGCAUCAGCUGAGCCACCAAGGUACAGGCCUGUACUUGCUCGUCAAGGUCAAAGUCCUGAUACUGCUCCAUAUAACCCUAGCGGGUGGAGACCAUCUGGUCCACCUUUCAACACCCCUCAACGACAACAGAACUAUCUCCCACCAGAGCCAAAACCAUCCUACGGACCACCACAAGAACCUCAACCCUCCUAUGGACCUCCAGAAGUAACCACCACAGAAAAUCCAACCACUACUACCGAAGUGACCACAGAAACAGCUGAGUCCAACGAUGCUCAAGCUGAAGCUAUCAAAGUAGAUCCGCGAACAGGCAAAGUAUCAGCGGCACUGAAAUCUGCUGAAUCACCUCAACCAGGAGCUUACUUCGUGGUUCUACCUAGAGUAGAAUCCAAAGCUGCCAACUUAGUGGCACCAGUGGUUGAGCAGAAAGUUGCUUUCGUAGCACCAUUCACUCAGAGUUACGUUGUCCCUCUAGCUGAGGUACCGAGGAAAACUGCUGCUUUAGUAUCUGCAAUUCCAGCACCACUUCAAGUCCAAAGAAUUGUCCCAUUCAAUUCUGCUUAUAGAAAUGAGAUAUACACUCCUUUCAGUUCUUCCAUUGUUCAAAUCUACCAAUAACUUCCGAUCGCCAUCCAACAUGACAUAAUGUAUUAUAUUUAUUUAUUUCAGUAAAUUUCAUUUUCAUUUAA